CACGCGCGAGAGUGGAAUGAGUUUUGCAGCGUUUUCGUCCCGUUUUUUUGUUGCUACACGAUGUCUGUCCGCUAAAUCUAGCAAAUAUGCCGUGGCCACGUUUUUUGACCGUCGUGUUCAGACUUUGUUGAGUGAAAUGACAGGUUUGAAUUUGGACAAGGUUUUUGCUCCUAGAAAGGAACGUCUCAGACAACCAAAAUAUCAACUGAUGUCAGAAGAACAAUUCGCUAAGGCUGAAGAGGACAGUAUCGAGAAAGCUAAGAAACUGCUGAGAAUGCCUCCAGUGUUGGAGCAGAGGAAAGACAUCGACGAAAUUAUAGAUCACGACAAGUUAUUGGAUGGCCAUGAUGUGGACAAUGCAAAUCUGGUCUUUAUGGACAUCAGUUUAGACAUUCACAACAGGGAUUGUCGAAUUGUCGUUCGUGAACCAAAUGGAGUACUAAGACAAGCUACAUGGGCAGAGAGAGACAAGAUGAGACAGAUCUACUUCCCAGUGGAAGGAAGGAAGUUACACAUACCAGCUUUGUUGCAGUCAGAGAAUUUGCAGUCUCUCUUUGCUCAAGGUAAACAUGAGUAUGUGCUAGAUGUAGCAAAUGUCCAGUGUGAUCCUGAUUCUGAAGACUAUAUCAGAGUUCAUGAAGAGACAUAUGAAGAUAUCAACAAACGUCAGUGUCAUGAAGUUCUUCGUUCUACUCGUCAUUAUGGAGGCAUGGUCUACCAUUUACUAAAAAAAGAUCUAAUAGAAAAUUUGCUGUUGAGCAUAUUGGAGGGUGGGAGAAUGGAUGAUGCAGAAAGGCUCAUUAAACUGCAUCAUCUCUUCCACCCAUCUACAAGUUCUUCUACUCAAUGCAAACAGAAGGGCGUAUCUGGAGCGGAACUCGUUGAAAUGCAUUUGAGGCUGCAUGGGCCAGAAAAGGCGUUGAACUACCUUGAACGAUUAGAAAAAGGAUCUCAACGUGUACAUUCUAGUCUAGGAAGUUUGUAGUAAAUGUACUAAACAAAGAUAACAGGGUAAUACGGGUACACUGUACUGUGUCAACCUCCUGUGACGUCACACCACACCUUCUGUAGUG